AUGCUAGGUCUCUUGCAAUCUGAGGGUGAAUCUGCUGUUCAUCUGGCGAAAGUUUUUGCCAUCUCGAUUGCGUGUAUUUCCCUAUUCACCUUUGCUUACCGUCUUGCCUUCGACCCCCUGAGGGACAUACAAGGACCUUUCCUAGGACGCUUCACCAGACUGUGGGAACUGCAACAGAUCACCUCAGGGGGUUGGCACCAGAAAAUAAUCAAGCUACACAAGCAAUAUGGCUCUAUUGUGCGAAUUGGUCCUGGUCGUUAUGAUUUCAGCAGUCCAGAGGCGAUCAAAGUGAUUUAUUCAAUGUCCUCAGGAUUUCCCAAGUCGCACUUCUAUGAUACGUUCGGUACUCCUGGAUCGAAGACAAUACUGAAAGAAAUCCACAAUUCUUCCCAUAGUCUGAUGCGAAGAAAAUCGGCAGCAUUGUACUCAAUGACUACAUUACUUUCGUAUGAAUCUGCAGUUGAUGAUCAAAACGUAGUACUGGAGAAUAAAUUCAAAGAUUUUGCGAAACAAGGACGAACAAUCAAUUUACCGAAUUUCAUGCAAUUGUAUGCUUUUGACGUUGUUGCAAAUAUUACGUCUGCUGAAUCGCUGAAUAUGAUGAUUUCUGAGAUGGAUACAUACGGUCUAAUCACGGCAAUUGACUAUAUGCAUGACUACGUCAACCUAGUUGGUGUUUACUACGAAUGGCAUUCCUUCAUCUACAAGAUUUUGAUGCUCCUCGGCAGGACGCCUCCUACAACGGGGCUUUACAACUAUAUAUCAGGCAAGAUCGAGGCACGCCGACAGCAGCCAGAUCGUUAUAUCGGUGCAGACUUUCUCAGUAAACUGUUAAAGCUCGAGAAGGAAGGGAAGAUCGAGUCAGAGGACGUUUUUGGCACUUUCGCCAACAACGUGAUCGCUGGGUCAGAUACCACAGGCAUCAGCUUGGGAGGUUUGAUCUAUCAAAUAUAUGAGCACCCCAACGUCCUAGCGAAGCUUCGCGACGAGCUUCAGCAACACGAAAGCCGAGGUGAGAUAUCUGAUCCUGUCAAGUUCUCGGAGUCGCAGAGUUUGGAAUACCUCCAGGCAGUCAUCAAGGAAGGCCUCCGUAUACACCCAGCAGUGGGAAAGCAGUUGGCUAGGACAGUUCCACCAGGCGGGAAGGUAAUCGAGGGCAGAUUCUUCCCCGAAGGUACCGAAGUAGGCAGCAAUGCUUGGGCGGUACACUUCGAUGAAGACACAUAUGGCUCUGAUGUGUGGGUAUUUCGACCAGAGCGAUGGCUAUCCAAGACUGAACAAGUACCCGAUCGUGCGUCAUCAUUUGCAUUCGGUGCUGGUACACGACAAUGCCUUGGCAAGAAUAUCAGCCUGCUUGAGAUCACGAAAGUCCUCCCUCAGAUAUAUCGGAACUUCGAUAUAGAGAUCGUGGGAGGAGCGGGGAAAACCAAAUACACCAGUUCAUGGUUUGUCAAACAAGAAUAUAACGCACGAAUCUUUAUACGAUAA